AUACUGUUGCGACUGUGUACCAUUUCCAUCGAAUUAACCACAAAGCGGAACCCUUGUUUCUGAUGCCGCUUGUACACUAACGGAACCAAAAUAAGGACGGAAAGAAGAAGGUCCGUCAACCGUUCCCGUUCUCUGUUUGACUCGUUCUUACUGAGUUAAGUGAAAAAGUGCCAUGCCUUUCCUCCACGGAUUCAGAAGAAUCAUCUACGAGUACCAGCCACUGGUGGAUGCUGUCAUGUGUGCUGUUGGUGUCAGUGAAGGAAGUGGCAGUCAAGUAGACAGAUUAUGUGGCCCAGAAGAGGAGAGCAGUGCGUGUGCUUCACUAGAGAAACUGUUAGAGCGGGAGUCGCACUCUGAAGUUUUUAAUGAAGGCAUCAGCUAUGCUCUCUAUAAAAUGGCCGAGCAGGGACUGAUACGUGCUGCAGAAAUCUUACUACGUUAUGGGGCUGAUCUUAACUUUGAAGACCCUGUUUCAUACUACAACCCACUUCAUAUAGCUGUUCUAAGAAACAAGCCAGACAUGGUGAAGCUGCUUGUUGCACAUGGAGCUGACAUUGAAAGGAGGGACAGGAUUCAUCAGAGCAGUCCCUUGGAUCUUGCAAGUGAAGAGUCAGAAAGACUGUCCUGUCUACUCACAUUGCUGGAUCUAGGCGCUGAUGUCAAUGCAAGAGACAAACAUGGAAAAACACCACUACUUCAUGCAUUAGCAAGCAGUGAUGGACUCACUGUGAACAACACUGAAAACAUUACACUUCUGCUUCAAAGAGGUGCUGAUGUCAAAGCCUGCACAGUCGAUGGUGAGAGUGUUGAAUCUGCCGUGGUUUUCUUGAUAAAGGAGGCUAUGGAUGCCAGUGUGGAGGAUGCAGCAGAAAUAGGCAACUUCUGCCUGAAGACAACUGAGCUGCUCCUGGCCCAUGGAGUGGACCCCAGCCUCUGUUUGAAUGAGGAGGGUGAAGCCUCUCUAACCCAGACCAGCCUGGACUUCUUUGAUUUGCUCUUCCCUUUAGCGGCACUCAUACUUCAGAGUGGGGCAUCUUUACAGUGCACAUAUCAUGGAGACGAAUGCUGGUCAGCUUACAAUUCUGUUUUUGAGCGCCUCCACAAAGUUCUACAGCAGUGUUCUGAUCUGACUCAUGCCUCUGAGCUCAUGGAGCAAGCUGAGGCUUUGCUCACUUUGGCAAGGAUAAAUACACCGAUGCUCCACUUGAGUCCUGAAGUCCCAGUACACAUUCAGGGGACUCACCCGUAUGCCCAGGCUCUUGCAGACCUGCACCGCCGUGUAAUAGAGCAUGAUUCAAGCCCUCCUGCUCUACGGCAUAUUUGCAGAGCAUUCAUAAGAAGCCAUCUGAAGCCCUGGCCAUUGGAAGCAAGAGUCAAAACGUUGCCAUUACCAGACAGACUUAAAGACUAUAUUCUCCCUGAACAGAAAUUUACUCUUCGUGAUGGCUGGGACUGCUUUAAGCCAGGCCACAGCCAAGAAUGAUUAUAAAAACAUCAUUAUAGCUAUGUAAAGUCUUCACGAAAUGUGUAAUUUGUGUUAAAAUAUUUAAUGUGAAGAGUGAGGCUUUUUUCUGUUGAGCUGAAUUUGCAGUCUAAAUUUUUGCCACCAGAUGGCAAUGUUGUUCCUAUACAGCAUUAUAAACUGGUUAUAGCCGAUGUCACAUUUAUGUUUCUUUGGAGAUAGUUCAAGAGUUUUUAAAUGUGCUUUAUAUGUUUUCUCCGUUGCUUAAUGGAAUUUCUAAUUAUUAUACAGUGUUUCUUUUUUUUUAAAUUGUUAAUAAACCAUUACAAUUUCAGUGCUUUAGCACUGCAUUAUCAC